CAAUGGUAUUGAUUAUAUGUUAACCCUAUAUAGCCAUCAGCAUAAACUAUGAAAUUGAGAAGUUAAAACUACCAAGGUAAUGUUCAUAAAUAAGGAAAAGUGCCAAAAUCAUUAAUUGUAAUGGAUUAUACUAAUAUAUUUAUAGAAAAAAGAGGAAAAUCUUCCAGUUGGACCAAUCCUUCUUGGUGUCUUUCUUUUUGUUGUAGUUGGCUCAGCAUUAUUUUAAAUACUCAAUGUUGCUUCUAGUGGAUAAGAAAUUUGAUU